GUCUGUUUAUUUAAGGGGUUUGCACUACGUAUUGUCUAGCUGAAGGCGUAAAACAAAAUUGAAUAAGAGAACAGGAAGGUUAUUCUUCCAUUUGAAUUUUAUCUUUUACCUGUUAUCCUCGCAAAGACACGUUAUGUUAAAGUUUGUUCAACAAUCGCAAUUUGUUUAAUCUUUUGUCACAUAAAAUCUUAUGCGGCCUAUGGACAAAGGCCGCAAAACCAUACUGUCCCCGAGGGAGGCAGCAGAAGAAUGAAUACCAAUUGAAUCGCUGAUGAAGGAAGCUACUGCUGAUAGAAAGGAGCAGCCAUCAUGUUAAUGCUACUGCAGCUUUCAAUCUCGUUCUUUACGGCCCUUUUGCUUUGGCAUGGCUCACCAUCAGCUGGGUUUCCUCUUUUCGGCACAAACACAGGAUGUGGCGGGAAGCUGACUGGAGCAAAUGGGACGAUUAAGACUCCAAGAUAUCCUCAAAAGUAUCCAAAGAAUACAGCUUGUAUUUGGAUUAUCAGUGGCAAUGACUACAAUUCCACAGUGGAAUUCACUUUUGAGUCAUUUAUGCUGGAAAACCACCCUCGCUGUCGAUAUGACUAUGUUAUAAUACGUGAUGGCGACUCUGAACUAGCUCCAAUCAUUGGAAAGUUUUGCGGGAAUAAUGUCCCACGAACGAUCCAUUCCGCUGGGAACAGUCUCUGGCUGAGGUUCUUCUCAGAUUCAGUGAACAACGAUUUUGGCUUUAAGGCGUUCUACAGAAGAUCAAAGCAACAGCCUCGCCCAACUGAAAAAGUGCCAACAAAUUCUGUAGAUCUUUGCGGUGGAAGCUUCUUUGGCAAAUCUGGCGAAAUCACCAGCCCUGACUUCCCAAAGCAAUAUCCAAAUAACUUGAAUUGUUUAUGGACUAUUGAGAAUAACGAUGAUACCUCAGUGACUGAAGUCUCUUUCGAGGCAUUCAAGCUGGAAUACACACCUAGCUGCCUAUUUGAUUUUGUUACAAUUGAAGAUUUGUCUGCAAGAGACAGGCAGCCUAAAGCAAGGCUCUGUGGAGGAGCUUUACCACCGAAAUACAUUGGGAAAAAGAUACGCAUUGUUUUCCAAUCUGAUGAUUCAGGUGUUGCAAAUGGGUUCAAAAUAAAAUGGAGAAAAAAGGAAUUGGAAGGAAAGAAGGUCUGCGGAUUUACUAAAUCAUCAGCAAUUGGGUUUAUUCGAAGCAGCAACUACCCAGAGAACUAUGACAACAACGAACAUUGUGAAUGGAAAAUUUCAGCUCCAGCAGAAUCCAUGAAGAUCCAGCUCAGAUUCUCAGAUUUUGAUCUGGAACGAGAUUCGAAAUGUUCUUAUGAUUACCUCGCUGUUUAUGAUGGUCAUAAUAAAGCUUCGCCAUUGCUUGGAAAGUUUUGUGGAAGCACAGUUCCAAAAGUUAUCAACUCAACUCAACAAAACAUGAGAAUUGUCUUCAAAAGUGAUCAUUCUGAUACAAGAAGCGGUUUUCAGGCAUUGUGGAUUGCAUUAGGUAAUCCACGUCAAAGAGGAAGCACUUUGGAUUUGAAGAAAAAUAAGAUUGCAAGAUCACCCACAGCAAAUUGUGGUGGCUUGCUUACUGCUAUUAAUGGAUCCAUUGCAACCCCAAAUUAUCCUGAUGAAUACCCUUCUGACACUGCUUGUAUUUGGGUGAUAAAAGCAGAUAACAAACACUAUGUGAAACUGAGCUUCGAAUCCUUCGGUAUCGAGAAACACCCUGCUUGUGAAUACGACAGUGUAGAAGUGAGAGAUGGUGCAGAUGUGACGUCACAGUUACUCGGUCGCUUUUGCGGCAGCAGAACCCCGGAAGACAUUACCUCGACUGGCAAAUCGCUUUGGAUCCAGUUUAAAUCAGACAAGAGUAUCAAAAAGUUUGGCAUGCUUGCAACUUGGAAAUUCAUUAUGAGAUCUGGAAACGUAGCAUGUGGAACAAAAUUCAGAGAUGAUUCUGGAGAACUGUCACCGCCCGGUUAUCCUCAAGUCUCUGGUAGUAAGAAAUACUGUUCUUGGAACAUUGAGGUGUCUAAAGGCAAAAAAAUAAAACUAAUUUUCAAAGAAAUACGGCUAAGACCAUCUGCUGGCUGUGCAUUGAGUUAUGUUCAAAUCUCAGAUGGUGAAUCCAACCGAUACCCAGAUCUGGGGAGAUUUUGCCGACCAAUGCUGCCAAGGCCGAUUAUUUCUUCGACAAACAAGUUGUUUAUUGGUUUUCAACCAGAUGGUACAGCAGGUGCGCAAGGGUUCGUGUUGGAAUGGGAAUCUGUGGAAAAAGAAGAUAAUUCAAACAGAGUGACAAGUUUUCCAGAGACAGCUUGUGGCUCAACUUUGACGGCAGAGACUGGGGAUAUCAUGUUGCCAAGUGGAGUGAAAUCGUGUACAUGGCUAAUCAGACCAGCCAGUGGACGACGCAUUGCCUUAUCAGUUAUCAAAGCAAAUAUAAUUCCAAACCCUGAAUGUAAUGUGGAGAGAAUCUUUAUCCAAAAUGGUCUGACUCCCUUGGCACCAGCUCUGGCAAGAAUUUGCGGUCAAUAUCACACAAAGCAUGUCAUUUCUUCUUCUGGUGCUCUCCGUGUUCAGUACGAUCUCUUCGGCCAAUCAAAUGGACAAAAAGUUCAUUUAUAUUGGACAACGGUCACACACAGUCUCAAUACAGAAUUCGAAGAAGCGUCAUGCGAAAAGAACUGGUUUUCAAACCCCGAGAAUCGGAGCAAUGCUGUAACAUCUAUUCAGUCAAGUGUACCGCUAUGGGUAGCCGGCCUCCUUCUUGGUCCAGGCAUGGUUUCAUGUGGUGCCACCAUUCUCUCAACUAAAUGGCUUCUCACUGCUGCCCAUUGUUUAAAAAGAUAUCCAUGGUAUUUCUUCGGGAAAAUUCGCCUUGGUGCUCUGAAAAGUUCUCCAACAAACGAUGAAACAGAACAAACAUUAGGAAUUAAAAUGGUGUACAUCCAUCCAUCUUACAAUUCUGUUACAAAUGAGGCUGACAUUGCCCUUAUUAACGUUGAAGGUCAAAUAAAUUUAAAUGAAAAUGUGAAUGCAAUUUGUCUUCCGAAAAAUGGCACAGUCUUUGAGCCAAAUACUAUAUGCACCACUUCUGGUUGGGGAACGAGACGAUUUCUUGGCAAACCAUCCAAGACACUUGUCCAUGCAACCGUUCCUCUUGUUUCAAAGACUGAAUGCAACAUGACUGGGCCAUAUAAAGGUAAAAUAGGAGAGGACAUGUUAUGUGCCGGUGACAAACUCGGGCGCAAUGAUACGUGCCAAGGAGAUGGUGGUGGACCACUGACCUGCGAAGUGUUACCAGGGAGACACGUUUUGGUUGGCAUUUCAAGCUGGGGUAGUGGCUGCGGCUUACCUGAGAGGUACGGAGUAUACACUGAAGUGAGGAAGUACCUCGAUUGGAUUUCAAGUACGAUUGAGAGAAUGUAAUUUAGAUGAAAUUAGAAAACGAAUCAAUUUUAGUCUGUAUCUAUCGAUAACAAUAACAUAAAAAAACUGGAACCAGCCCAAGAAUCAGCAGCAAUUUGAUAAACACCGCGCUGUUUGGGUGCUGGUAAAAUGUAGCAAACUGGCAUUGGAUGGAAAAUUGUGGCGAGCAGCCUCGAUUCUAUAAUCAUACCGGUGUGGCCCCCCUGCUCGCGCCAUCAACACAGUUGAAGAUUUCUUAUUUAUUCGAUAAUACAAUGUUAUUAUAAAAAAUUGCUGCCAUUUAUAAUAUGAAACUGCAGAUAUGUGAUAAAUAAGGCUCAAUCUCUCUUAAAGAGCCCUCUAUGAACUCUAGAUUUCAUUGGCUCUGUGAAAUUCUAGCAGACCUAUCAAUCACUGAUUCUUCAAGCGUGCAGUGCCCUUUUCACCUGAAAUGAUAGUUGUAGUACUUCCUUUAGAGAAAAAUCUCUAACUUUGGACAAAAUGAGAUUUAGAUAAGAUAAUUUAGAUAAAAUUUGGAUUGAAAAGAAUCUUUUAUGGUUAGGCCUCAUUCAAAUAACUAAAAUUUGUUGUUUGGCAAAAUGGGCGUAGAGGACAUUGAGGCUGGGGGUAAGGGGGUGGCUGAUGCCAAAUUGGGCAAAAUUCAUCGUAUUUUAGGCCCACCUAGGCAAUUUGAAAAUGGCAAUAGGUUGAACACUUCAGCUGUACAUUCAAAUAGGCGUUAAUUAGAACUAGAAUAUUGUUGCAUGUACAGGAUAGAUUAACAAUUUUCCAGACGUUAUGUGUUGGUGAUUCUGGCGCCACAACUAAGAAAAUAGCGUUGAUAAUCAUUCCGAAUCUUAAAUCAGAAAUUAUGAAAUUGGUGGAUUGGAAGUAGAAACUUGGACCAAACAAAUAUGGCUAUAUCCAAUAUUGCAGACUUCAAUUCCACGGUACAAAAUUAGGCUAAAAGUAAAGGAUUGAUUUAAAUAAUUUUCAUUGUAAUGAUAUAUCCAAAGAGUUAGGCCCCAGAACUUAAUGACUCGUGUGAUAUUUUCAUUAGAUAGGUCUAAAGAUACAGUUUUAUUUAAGAAAUUUAUUACUGACCAUUUAAGCUUCUAAGUAGAGGCUAUUGCUUGAGCUAUUGUAGCAAUUUCUGAAAAAUGAAAAGCUCUAGAUAUGUAAAGAAAUUUCAGGAAAUUUUUCAGUUCUAGGGUUUUGAAAACUACUCUAUUUUGCAACUAAAGAUAAAGCCUUGAUAACAGCUAAAAAUCCUCAGACAUUCUAAGAAGCAAUUCUUUGCAUAUUACCUAUUUUUAAAUUUCAAAGUGUUUGGCCUUUUAAUCAGAUCAAAAGUCUAUAUACUGGCCCUGAUUUUUGUGACAGAAAGUAGUUAUUUGAUAUAAAAAGCUGGCAAAAUAAACAGGAUCAAAGAAUUUACUUAAAAAUGAUGACAUAUCGGUGAUAAUAUUUUUAAUUUGUCCGUAGAAUAUUGUUUAGAAAAUAAAAUAAAGCCUGUUUGCAUUUUUCCAUUUUCUAUUCACCGCACAGUAAAACUUCCAUCAGAAAUUGUGUGGAAUUUUCAUAAUUAUUUUGAAAUUUUUAGAUUCAGGUAGCCUUUUUGUCGGGUUAGGCGAAGAAUUCAUACCAAAGCCUUUUAAAAAGACAAUACGUUUCAUAUCAGCCUCUGGAUAUAAAUUGUUUGCUUACUUUUAGACAUUAUCCGACGUUUAUCCUUUGACGAGUGUCGUUCGAAAAGUACUUUAGCAUGAUUUGAUAUGGUUCCGCUCUUUCAUGCUGUUACGUAUAAUAUUUUUGAUAAUUGUCCCAUGAAUGAUGCUGUAAAAUUUUCAACAAAACAAAAGACUAUAGCCUUAAGAAGGGAAUAUUUUUAAAGAUAAAUUUAAAAAAGUAUUUAAUAGUUUUGGUAAUUGCACAUUUCGUUAUUGCUUGAAAAUUUUCGACAAACGUCAAUUCUAUAUAUAGCCUUGAAAAAGAUACCCUUUAAGCAUAAAUCUGGAAUAUUUAAAUUGUUUGGUGAUUAUCAAAUUUACUUGGCUCGGAAAAUUUUCGACAAAACGUCAAAACUAUGGCCUUAAGGAGGGAAAUAUUUUGCAUAAAUUUGAAGAAAUUAGUUUCGACUAUUUCCUAAUUGUGUUGCCAGGAAAGUUUGGGAAAAUGACUGAAUGGUCUAAUAUUAUAAUGGAAAUGGCUUAAAAAAGGCGAACUUUUUAUCACAGGUUUUGAAAAAAAUUUAAAUGGUUUUGUCCAAUUUACAAGGCUGGUAAAUUUUUGACAAAAUGUCAAGACAGAAGGGAAAAUUAUUUAAUGAAAGUAACUAAGAAUGAAAAUUCGUAAUGAAAGUUUAUAUAAGCUGGAGAAGUUUCACCAAAACAUCAAGACUACUGCCUUAAAAAGGCAUGUCUUGAAGCAUAAUAUUAGAAAAAAUUGUAACAGCUUUUUGCAUUGUUCAAUUUAUUUGGAUGGAAAAUUAUUGGCCAAAUGUCAAGAUUAUGGCAUAAAUUUAUUAAUUUUAGCAUGAAUUUAAAAAUCGAAUAGUUUUUGCAGUUUUUUUUAUAAAUUAAAUUAGUUUUGAUAAUUGUCCAAUUAAUUAAACGAAAAAUUUGUUUGCCAAUUGUCAGGGCUAGAGUUUUUAAAAAGGACAAUUCUUAGCAUAAAUUUGGGAAAAAGUAAACAAAAUUGGAAAUUGUUUCACUUGCUAAGCUAGAUUAAAUUUAAAAACUAUAGUCUUAAAAAAUGCAAGUUUUUUAGCAAAAAUUUGGAAAAAAAUAAAAAUAGUUUAAGCAAUUUAUUAUAUUUUUAUUAAGCCGGAAAAUUCCGUCAAAAUAUCAAGAAUAUAGCCUUACGAUAGGAUAAAAUUUUAGCAUAAACUUGAAAAAAAUGAAAUAGUUUUAGCUGUUUUUUUUCAUUGAUUGGCUGGAAGAUUGUUUGCAAAAUGUAAUGGCUAUUGCUUUUGCAAAUGGGUUUGAAGUUGGAAGCAUAAAUUUCGAAAAAGAAAACUUUAGUGAAAGACUGCAUAGAAUCUCUCUUAGUAUUUAUUCAUUCAAAAUUUUUAGUACACUAGUACUUAACAACAUAAAUUUUGACAAGCUCACAGCAGGUCACCUAAAAUUCUACCCUUAAUUAGCUUAAAGUUCAAUUUUCACGCAUACAAAUACUUAUUUAAAACACCUUAGCACCAAUCAAUUACAUUACGAGAACUUACUUAGAUUGCCUUAAAACAUGCCAUUCAAAAAUAAAUUUGGUUCUAAAAAGGAAAAGUCCACAUUGAAGAGCUGUUGAAUAAUGGCUUAUAAUGGAAUUCCCUUCUGAGUAGAUACAGCCAAUGCACUUUAACAAUUUUGUGUAAAUAAGAAAGCAUUAGCAUACAUUACAAUAAGCUUAGGAGGUAGAAUUUGAAAGUGUUACUAGAAUGUCGUAAAUUUCCAACUCAAAGCUCCUGAUAUGUGAGAAGACCCCUGUAAAUUCUUCCCUAUUGAGAUUUUCUUUAUCACUUUCUAGCUGUAGGUUACUUAAAUGAAGAACGCCAUUCGAAGCAUUGAUGGCUCAGUGUUCGUUGAUACAAAUCCUUCAAAUUGGUAUCAAAACCGCUAUUAUCUUCUUGGCAUCCAUGUUCCUGACAAACUAUCUGGCUUCAAGUAAUUGCGAUCCCAUAUCCAUGGACUGUCUAUAAGAAAGUUUUAAUAGCAAAAAUAGAAGUUUCAAUUGAAGAUAACAUAUGGAUAGCAUGUAAGCAGUAGAAAAGUAAAAAUAUUUUGUGUGCAUACUCAAAAUAUUUGAUACUGUCAUUUCAAAAACACUUAAUGAUUUAUAUCCAUACAUGGAAAGGAAAAAUGGUAAGACCAAAAUGUUUUUAUAUAUUAACUGAAGAAAUUAGGAUAUUACGUUUCAGUUGAUAUCAUUCUUAAUAAUGUUUAUGGAGUACCCAAAUAUACUUCCGACCUUUUUUCAUUAUGUUUAUUGACUUUCCACGAAUUUUUAACUACAAAAAGGGUUUUCAAGUUAUAAUGAAAUUCAAAGUUCUGCAUAUAAUGACUUAAAAAACACUUUCACGACUUGAAAAAGACAAAAUAUCUCUCCAUAAAACAAUCCACACCCUAGCAAGUUUCGAAAGCGUAGCGAACCCUAUAUUAGAUUCGAAGGCUUGCUUUUAAGAAUGAGAAUGAAUAACACAGCAAUUUAAUUUCCCUUUGAAGCAAAAGAGUUAAUAUUUCAUAUGGAAUAAGAAAAUUAUUAAACAAAUAUUUCAGGGGUAUCCUCGUAAGAUAUACUUUUCCGGCGUUAAAAUAAAAAUCAAAUUUCCGUUACAAUCCUAUGAAAACUGCUAGUUGACACUGGAAUUCAUUAAACAGAUAAAAUACUUAGCUAAUUGCCUACCAUCCGGCAAAUACGCCGUAAGUGGAACAUCAUAAGGAAGUUGCAAUGAAUACGAAGAACCUAAGAAAAGAUGCAUAGCAGAAUAGAUACAGUUGCAAUGAGAUGAGCGCUGGUGGAAAAUUUUCAAAAAAAGCGAAAAACUAGGAAAAACAAAAAAGGUUGACACUUUUAUUUUGAAUUGACAGAAAUUUGCAAGCUAAAAAGAAUCAAUGAUGAAUAGAGAGAUGUGAAUGCAAUAUUGUAUUUCUAUAAUAGUUCAUGAAAUGAAUAGGCCAACGAAAAUAACUGCUAUUGAGAGCUGUUACGACAAACUUACAUAUUUAUAUUUAUUAUAUCAUCUUUAAUCGAAACAUAAUGCAAGUAAUGUAGAAUAUUAUGCAUGCAAACAGGAAAAUUAAUUCAUUUUUCAUUAGUUGACAUAUAGUUAGGGGGGGGGGCUAAGAAUAUUUAUUUACAAACCAACAAAUCUAAAGAGACAUCUGUGAAGAAAUCUAAGUUUAUUUGAAAAUAAUUAGAUUUGUUUAAUUUAAAAGUAGGACAACAUUUUCCGCGAAACUUUUAUUUUCGUGAGUUCCUUUGACUCCAAGACCAAAUCACUUUGCUUUUUUUAAAAGUAAACCCAACAAACAUACCUGAAUUGGUUUUGUUUUUCCCCAGGAUGUUAAAAGAUUUCGAUUCAGAACUCUAAAAAAGACAGCUAUCGGUUAGUUAAACUGUAAAGUAUAGUAUAUUUAAGAACAUACAACCUUUCUUUGACUAAGAAGCUUAUGUUUAAGCCUUUUUCUUCAAAAAACCAAAAGGACAGCCCUGCUAUGGCCAGGCAUCACCAACCAAAUGCAUCACAAAAUACGCUAUUUGGAUGUGGACCUAAUGUAAGAGCCUUUGAUCAUGCAAUUCCCAUACACAUUUUUGAAUCAAGACCCAAGAGCACCAUGAAACUUGCAAAAGUAGGUUCUUCUUUACUGGGAGAUACAGUACAAUAAACGUUAAUAUGAUAGUCCAUUUUCCUCUUAAUUUCACAAAUUAAUUUCCACCAGAAAGUUAGGUAUUUAUUUCGUUAAAAUGCAAUACUAUUGAAAAUUUGGAAAACAGAAUAUUUCGACAUAUGUCUGCAGGAACAAAUCAAUGUAAUAAGAUCUAAUGUGAUAACAAUAUUUAAUGCAAUAAAGAUAUUAGUCUUUGAUACAGCUAGAAAAUAUUUAAACAAACGACUCGCUGCCAUGCCAGGCAAUAAUGAACUGAUUGCCUUUUGUAUUCAUUAUAUCAUAUGAGGGACGGUUCACCAACGGCAAGGUACAAAAAGGCUUCGCUUUAAGUGGAAGCAAAAGACAGAUACAAGAAUAGUGUAGGAACCUUUAAGUUUGUAAAUAAUGUUUAAGUAUUAAAAAAUUUUAUUCUUAGAGUGUUUAUUCUGUUCGACUAUAUUGGACCAAAGUUAUUUUCUUGUUAAGGUUAAGGCGAGGCAUUAGAAAUAAAAUAGAUACAUGGCCAUUUCUGAUGACAUCGAUAGACUACAAACGAACUUACAAAUUGCUGUGGGAUCAUUAAGACACCAAUCUCAAACGAUCGUAUCAUCAAUUGCGACUCUUUCUUCUCAAAUGCACCCCAAGCUGCCUUCGAGAGGUUUGCACUGCAAAUAAUAAAAAAUUGAAAAUAAAAAAUGCUACACUUCAACAACAAACUGAUUUAACUGUUCUCAGAGGACUCUAGAAAUAUUGUUUGUUUUAAAAGCACGAAGGAAGGUCAACUAAAAUACGAGAAAAGAUUUCUAGGCCCAAAAUGAGAUCUUAUACAAUAAAUCAUUUCACUGAUCUUAAAAGCAAGGCAACAUACAACCCUAGAAAUCACGAUACCCGGGAGUCUGAUAAUAAGAAUGGCCGGACAUCAAAACAAGAA